UGCAGCCAACCAAGCAAUAAGCACGGCUCCGCUGCACAGACAAUGAUGAGGUGAGAACUUUAUUGGUCUUUCUAGAUCACCACCGCAGCUUCCGCCCUACUUCCGCGCUAUUCGAUUGCGCAUCGCCGAUUCGACGGGCUCCUAUUUAUUUAUUCCGUCUUAUCCUGGGAAGGGGACAUUGAUUGUCGUUCCAGGAGAAGCGAAAUUGGACCAACGGCCCUGAUUGCACAGAUUCGCAAUGUUGCGGCACAGUUCACGAUAAACACGCUAUAACAAUAUUUCUUGACGCAUCGACUCUUGCCUUUAUCAAUCCAUCUCUACGCGACAUGCCAAGUCGCCUGGAAUGGAAGAUCCGUGGGGUUCGCCGUGGGCUGCAGACUCUCCGGCUAAGAUAGAACUCCCAGUCGCGCCCCAGAAUGCGCACUUCUCAGCCGACCAUCUGUUUCCUCGACGAAACUCUCGUUCGCCAGCGCCGUCGCGAUCGCGGUCACCGGCAUGGGAAGAUGACGAUGCUUGGGGCGGGUGGAAUGGCGGUGAUGCUAGCGGCAGCGGUAAGGAAAGCCCCGGAUGGGGGAGAAGCCCUGGGCUGAAGCCGCUGCAAGGCGCACCGUCGGUGAGGUCGAUAUCACCGGAUCCUUGGAAAGAUGUGGCCUUGAAACGGCUAGACACGACGGCGCUAGAAAAUGAAGAAAGGAAGCCAAGAGAGAGGAGAGCUUCUGAGGCUUCGGGCGACGAUCGAGUCGUGGAUUCUGCAAUUAGCCUUGGGGAUGAACAUGAAUUACAGAAAGAGGAGGAUUUAAAGAAUGAUAUUCCCGUCGUGGUGCCGCCAUUGGAUAUUGAUGCCACGGAGGAGGCAUGGCCCGUUGAAGCAGCGCCGGAAGCGCCGGCACCCGAGGUGGUGAUUCCGGCUAUUCAACUUGAACAACCAGACUUUCCUCCUGAUACUGGAGCACCAGUACCUGCGGCUAUCCAACUCGAACAACCAGACUUUUCUCCUGACACUGAGGCACCAGUACCUACUGCUGUCGAUGACAAAGAGCAAGAUGAGGCGCUAUUCACGGCCGAGGAGCCUGCUCGGAAGGAGGAAGACACUGCUCCUCAUAAUAGCGUUGAGGUAGAAGAGGAACAACAACCAAUUCCACCUGUUGAAGUGAUUGAGGAUGAGGUGGCCAUUUCGGGACAAGAAAUUGCUCAACCUCCAUUUCAUGUUGAGAGCGAGAUUGUCGCAGAAAAUGAGCGCCAGCAGCAGGAACCCUGGGAUGAUAUUCCGCCAGUGCCAAUUGUGAGCGAACCCAACGUCUUACAAACAUUCACCACCCCUUUCGAGUCCGACGUUGUGGAACGCCCUGCAUCUCAGACGUACUCAAAGAUUCACUUUCCCAUUGAUCUUGCCAAGCUUGACGAUUUGUUUCCGUCGACGCCGCCCAUUAAGACAGAACCAGAACUCGUUCCAGACGUCAUCAUCGACGACACCUUUGGUUUAAGCAAUGAACGCAGAGCGUGGUACCGAAUCUCCCGUUAUGGGUCGAAGAGGAAGCACGAUUUGGGAGGUGAUGAGAAUUACGUACGCGUUAGCUGGUCCAAGUCACAAAUACGGGAGCGUACCACCCAGACUGUGAGGAGAUGGAUGGAAGAGGACUCAAUUACUGGGCGAGUUGUUCUGGGAAGACGACUUGGUGGAUCUGGUGCAGUCAUGUUCAAUUGGAAUUCACCAGCGCCUCAAGUGGAAAUUGGAGAGUUCCUGGGAAGGCAUUCAAGAAACUCAUCUUUGACCGUGCAAUCGCCAGUCGCAUCGCCUACUGCAUCGUCAUUCGCCUGGGCUAGCAGCGUCCCAUCAUCGCCAGCGGUUUCCAGACAUCCUUUAGCCAAUGAGCUCACACGAGGAGAUGCACAAGAAGUGCAUUCACCAAAAGAACCCAAAGCGGACUCAGCUCGGCAAUCCUUGUCUCUUGAUCCGCCGCCUCAGCAUACCCGGGCGCAUAUUCCCUCGCCAAUUCAGAUUCCUCCCACUUACCCCAUCAACAAAGAGGACGAUGACGACUGGGGCGAGAUGAUGACUGCUACACCGACCACUACCAUGUCAUUUGAGGACGAAGACACCGUCAGCAACCGCCACAGCAUUCCUCCUCAGUCUUCCCUCCAGUUUGAAACAGUGUAUGAAAGUCCCAAUCUCCUUGCAUCAAAGAUCGAAAAAGCUCCGAGCAAGCGGCCCUUUUCAUGGCACUUGGGACAGACGCUCAGCAAACCCUUUAAACGAGGGGGCAAGACGCCUUUGACACCAGCGUUCCCUAGCCCUCUCUCCAAACCAAUGACACCACCUCAGGUCACUCCUACUCGCCAUACCCAUACCAUGUCUGCCGACACGUCACUUGUCCAUCCAUCAUCUCCCAGGCCUAGCUUGAGUGUGGCGGAUGAAGAGACCGUGGCCAGACUUUUAAAUGACAUCCCUGAUCUUACAUAUAUGUUGCGCUGAUACGGAAGUAAUAUGAGGGUUUCGUGUUGAAUAUUCGAUCCCUGGAGGAUUUUGAACAAUAUUGGUGAUGAUAAUAGCAUACGGACAUAGCAAGGCGUAUUAUUUGGAUUACGUAGAUUAUCUUGAUAGUGUGUACCCUGGAAGGAACAGCUUUUGGAUAUUCCGCAUCAAUAUAGAAGUUUAUAUAUUUUUGAUAAUCUCUUAUAAAUCUAUCAAGG